AUGACUUGGAUGAUCAUUGCCUCAGUCUUAGGCCUAGCAGCAGUCUACCUUAAUCAUGUCAACACGGCCAUGAAGCGUGUGCCGGAUGAGGCGCAGAUGGCAUCUCCUCAUCGCUGGACUGUGGAGGAGAUUCAAGCCGCUUACAAAAAGAGCCAGGAAAGUCCAGUCGAUGUAACCAAGAGCUUGCCUCCGAAGCAGUCUCGACGAUACGUGGUUGUCGGAGGAUCAGGUCUCGUUGGCGGCUGGAUUGUCUCUCACCUGCUUGCUCGAGGUGAAGACCCGACCUCACUGCGUAUUCUGGAUCUUCUAUCGCCUACGAAAGAUAUUCUUGAACUGGGCGUGGCCUGGGUCAAAACGAAUAUUACCGAUGAGCUGGCCGUUUCUACUGCCUUCGAACAGCCCUGGCCUGAAACGGUUGCAAAGCUUCCCUUGACAGUCUUCCACACCGCAGCUGCAAUCCGUCCGCAAGACCGCCUCGAAAUGUUCCUGCCGUAUUGCAGCAAGGUUAACAUCGACGGUACCAAGAACGUCAUGAACGCGGCCAAACAAUCCGGCGCCAGCUGCUUCGUUUCCACCUCGUCAGGUUCCGUAUCUUUGCACAGGCCAAAUUUCUGGAUCGCCCCUUGGAGCAAGCUUCCCUCUCAUGCGGUGCAGGCUAUCAGCGACGACGCCAAGAUCCCCGAGCGCCACGACCAGUUCUUCGGUAACUACGCCGUCACCAAGAUUGAAGCCGAGAGAAUGGUCCGCUCCGCUGACGACCAGUCCUCCAACUUCCGCACGGGCUGUAUCCGCCCCGCGAACGGCAUCUAUGGCAUCGGCUCUGACGCCGCAAUGACUAUCACAGGCGUCUACCUCCGUAACGGCGGCAGCCCAACCUGGGUCCGGCCCAUUAUCCAAAGCUUCGUGAAUGCCGAGAACGUCUCAAUCGCCCACCUCCUCUAUGAGCAACGCCUCAUAGAGCAAAGCCAGCCAGGCUCGACUCUGCCCAACAUCGGCGGCCAGGCUUUCGUUGUGACGGACCCGAACCCAGCCAUCGCAUUCAGCGACAUCUACACUCUUCUCACCACCUUAUCCAAGACACCAGUCGAAUUCCCGACUCUGCAACCCGCCCUGCUACUCGUCUUUUCUUACCUCGUGGAGCUCUAUUGUGUCGUCCAGCACAAGUAUCUCCCCUGGCUUCUUCCCAAACUGACUGGCGAUCUGGCCCAGAUGCAGCCUUCAUUAUUCGCCAUUUCGGAUAUUUUCUGCUUUGCAGAUGACUCGCGUGCUCGCAAGUCGCCGGAGCAGGGUGGCUUGGGCUAUGCACCGCCUAUCAAUACGCUUGAGGGAAUGUGCAAACAGCUGGUGGAUUGGAAUGCCAAGGCUGAGGCAAAGCUGGUCGAUGUUUCUGGAAAGAGUACCGUUGAGAUCACCCAGGAUGGGGUUGACGUUAAUCUUGUUAUGCCGGAGAAGGAAAUCUAG